AUGGGUCCUCCUCGUCGGAAAAUGCUGGCAACAGCCCAAGAGACUCUCACCCCACCGGCCGAGCUGACCGAAACCCAGCUGAUCGCGCGAGCAAUCAAGGCUACUGGCAACAAUAUCUACUUGAUUGAAUUGUCCAACAAAACUCAGAUGCUGGUCGAACUACCAGCGCGCUUUCGUUCGACCAUCUGGAUCAAGCGUGGAUCAUACAUUGUGAUCGACACCAAGGCUUCUGAUGAGCGAGAAAAUAAAAUUGGCGGAGAAAUUAUCAACGUUGUGCUCGAUGAAAAGGCUUGGAAGAAAGCUUCCUUCUGGCCGAAGGAAUUCGUCAAGCAGCCAGUCGCUGCCGCCGACUCUGACUCUGAAGAAGAAUCCCGGGUAGGCAAAAUGCCUUCCUCUGACGAGUCCGAGUGA